CGAUAACGACAGAUAAUGCCACGUCCAUUUCUGAAAGAUCGUCACCACGAGUGCAGACUGCGAAAGGUCAAGUGUGACGGUCAUCGCCCGGUUUGUCUGCGCUGCGAGCGAGGCUCUCGUGAUUGUCGAUGGAGUUCGAGCUACACUCAGCCUUCCCCGUCAGGCUCACAGCCACCGCUGCCUGGGACACCGAGUACCCCGUUGGGGUUAACUGCGCCAUAUCGCAAUAGUGGCUAUACAUCAAGUAGAGACCCGGAAAAAGCUCUGCAGGAUCCCGAUGUUGCCCGGAUAUUCCGGUAUUACGUUGACCAUCUCGCUGGAUGGUAUGAUUUGAAUGACAGCAGACGCCAUUUCGGUGAUAUUGUUCCUAUAUGCGCACGACAGAAUUCCUUGUUGCUGAGUGCGAUAUUGGCCUUUUCUGCUGCCAGCCAGGGCUCAUCGUCUUCAUCGCGGAGAUAUAAGGAUUUAGCGGAAUCAUAUCAUCUUGAAAGUGUACAGGAAUUACUGUCGCUUACUUCGGAUGAAGAGCGGUUUAGAACAGGGGAAACAUUAGCAGCAAUUUGUCUUUUACGGUCAUACGAGAUUAUCUCUCAAAACGUCACCGCGCAAAGCCAUCUCCACGGCUCAUACUCCCUUCUGUCGAGCUUGUCAACAAACAUAGGAACGGGUCUUCUUAGUGCUGGCUUUUGGAACUACCUCCGGGAGGACAUAACCGUGGCUCUGAUCGAUAAGCGGAGCUUGAAGAUUGACCUGUCAGACCGACAUAUUCCGCCCAGAAUGGAGGGAGACGACGAUUUGGCUAAUUAUAUAUCCUAUCUACUCGGCAAGAUAAUCAAUCAAUGUCUGGAUGAACAGACGGAACCAGUCUCGGAAGACGUGUGGGAGUGUUUGAAAGGGGAAUUAGACAGCUGGAAGGACUCACUGCGAGGCUCAUUCGAUCCUAUUGAAACUCCCAGGCUAUAUGGGGAAAGCUCCUUUCCAUGUUUAUGGACAACGUGUGGAUGGCAUGCAUCGAGCCUACAAUACUACCACACGGCAAUGUGCAUUCUAUGCCUGGCUCAACCAUCCCAUAUUCUCAAUACCCUACAGCAUAUCAACCGAAUUAAAGAGCUAGAGAUUAAACUGUCUCAUCACGCUACCCAAGUCUGCGCGUUGGCAAUAUCCAGUAAUUCAGCCCCUGUAUGGGUGAACUCAUUCGGCCCGAUAUCUUUCUGUGGACCAUGGCUUCGAGAUCGACAGAAGAUAUCAGAGCUGACAACUUUCUUGGAGAAAUGGGGAAGGAAAACCGGAUGGCCGGUGGCUAGUACUAUCGAUUCGCUUUCUAGGAUUUCGAGUGAUGUACCAUGA